AUGCGCAUGGAUUUGAAGAGAUAGAAUACGCCAUAUUGAAUUCCCGUAGGAAACGGUUAGCGUUUUUUUCCCCAGCUAGCGGUACUAGGGGCUACUUUAUCUAUGGUCCUAAUUCGGUUUAAUGUUUAAAGACUUCUCUUCUUCGCAACACCGGACAGUGCAGCGACAUUUGAACGGCCCAGGUAGUGGCGCAGAUUCACAACGGGCUCGCUAGUGAUACUUGUAGAGGGGUUACCGGAGAAAGAAGUUGAAUGGAUCCGAGGGUAGCUUGGAUUCAGCCCGAACAGAAAGGACCUGCGAACGCCUUAUGGAUGCACGUCUGGGAGACCUCUCAGGGAGUACGGACACUCUCCGCUCAGCACCAGCUUCACAAUCAAAACUACAACCAGUGUGUGAAUUAUGCUGCGUUGGACGUUUUAAAAAAUGUGGCGACCGCGGUGGCAUCGAGCAAGAGCAUUUGCAGCAGCACCGGUAACGUUCCUGCCAGUUUAAGCAGCAGCCAUCACAGCAUCAUGAACGGCACUACUACUAUUAACGGCGCUGCGAUUUCCUCGCUGGGGAUAGCGCUGUCCAACGGGAACGUGUGUAACUCCUUCGCCACGGCCCACGCCGCUGAACCAGGUAAGGGCAGACCCCUGCCCCAGAAGACGGGAUCUGUCUCUUCGUCUUCGUCACAGGAAUCCGGGGCGGACAGCCCCCCUUCCAGCUGCUCACUUGAGAGGACUAUGGGAAGCAAUGUAACAAGCAACAUUAAUAAAAACGUCGGGGGUGCCCGUCUGUUUUUUACCGUGAGGGACGGCAUGGACAAUAAUGUCAACCUCUACCACCCACAUCUAACGUUACAGGAGCACCCGGCUUUUAAUUUACAGCAGGUUUACGUGAGGCGCCAUCAGGUUCACCCCACUGCAUCUGUAAAUCACACAUACAAUCACCAUCCAGCCCGAAGGAAAAGUGACAACAAAGCAAGCACUUAUGGGAUGAACUACUUGCUUUCAAACUGCACUAAUGGCAAUUAUGCGAGCACUUGGACACCCUGGAAGACAAGGAAGUACAACCCUGGGGUCCACGGACUCCACGAGGAGGUGAUGGACUUCUACAACUUCAUGUCUCCACGGCCGGAGGAAGCCGCUAUGAGGAAGGAGGUGGUGGAUCGGAUAGAGAGGAUCAUCAAGGAGCUGUGGCCCUCUGCAGAUGUCCAAAUAUUUGGCAGCUUCAGCACAGGGCUGUACCUUCCAACAAGUGACAUCGACCUGGUUGUGUUUGGGAAGUGGGAGCGCCCGCCGCUGCAAGAACUGGAACAAGCUCUUCGCAAGCACAACGUGGCAGAACCUUUCUCCAUCAAAGUGCUGGACAAGGCUACAGUGCCAAUCAUCAAGCUGACAGACCAGGAAACCGAGGUGAAGGUGGACAUCAGUUUCAAUGUGGAGACGGGAGUCAGGGCGGCAAGCUUAAUUAAAGAUUAUGUUAAGAUGUAUCCAGUGCUGCCUUACCUGAUCUUCGUGCUUAAGCAGUUCCUGCUGCAGAGAGAUCUAAACGAAGUCUUUACCGGGGGAAUCAGCUCUUACAGCCUCAUCCUCAUGGUCAUCAGCUUCCUACAGCUCCAUCCUCGGAUCGAUGCCCGAAACCCCAAUGAGAACUUGGGCAUUUUGCUGAUUGAGUUCUUUGAGUUGUACGGCCGCCAUUUCAACUACUUGAAAACAGGGAUCCGCAUCAAAAAUGGAGGCGCAUACAUAGCCAAAGAGGAGAUCAUGAAGGCCAUGAUAAAUGGAUGCAGACCAUCCAUGCUCUGCAUAGAGGACCCACUGCUCCCAGGUAAUGAUGUGGGGAGGGGCUCCUAUGGGGCCAUGAAUGUCAAGCAGGUGUUUGACUAUGCCUACACUGUCCUGAGUCAUGCCGUGUCCCCGCUCGCACAGUCGUAUCCCAACAAAGACUCUGAAAGCACCCUGGGCAGGAUCAUUAGGUUGACCCAGGAAGUGAUCGACUACAGGGAAUGGAUCAUUAAGAAGUGGGGGGGCAGGGAUCUGGCGCGAACUGACAACAGAGUUUCACCUCCCAAGGAGCCGGUGUCGGAGCAGGAGCCUUGCACGCUUGGUGGGGGUGGCGUCGGAUCAGAGGAGCAGCAAAGGGACUCGGUGUCGCCCCACAGCGCCGACUCCCCCAUGUCCAUCUCCAGCCCCCAGCAGCACUCUUCAGCCUCCUCGGUCUCCUCCCUGUCUGGAUCAGACAACGACUCUGAUUCAACGCUGCCGUGUCACGCCCCUCCACCUGCCCUGCCACAAUACCCGCCUCUUUCCUUCCCUCAUCUGGGCCUGGCUUUGCCACCAGGCCUCAGCAUGGGCACCGGCAAGCCUUGCAUGGGAGGACACCAUCUCCUCUUGCCUCCAGGCUCACAGGCUUGUGUCCCACUGCCCUGUGGUCUAGCAAUGCGCUCCAUACCUGGCAGACAGGUGUGUAUAGACACCGGGCUCCCCCCCUUCUUCCACAUGCCCCCCCCAGCCCAUGCUCAUGCCCCUGCCCCCUCCAGCCCCCAGCCUCUGCCGAGCCCCCACUCCAGCCACACACACAAGAACGGAGCCAAGUUCAACGUGAAGGGCUUGCACAACCCGCCGCUGGUCAGCAACCCUGUCCUGGCUAACCGCGGACACACACACACCCACACGCACACGCACACACAGUAUCACCGCAACACGUGGCGACGCAGAAAGAGGGACAGCCUACCGGUUAGCCUCAGCAGAUAGAACCCCCCCCCCCCCCCCCCCCCCCCCCCCUCUCCCCCACGUUUGCUCCCUCUCCCCUCUGGCCCUUGGCUCGUCUCGGAGGACGGACAGGCAGACCGAGGACCAGAGACCAGCAGUUUUUACUCCGGGGCUGCCGCCACACCGAGCAACAGCCCUCCGCUCGGCAUCUUCUUCCUGCUAUCUCUACCUUUUCAUUACUGCAUGACUUGUGUUCAUUUAUUUUUUAUUUUUUUUCAGUAUUAUGUUAAUUUCAGUAUUUCUCGGUCUGUCCCCGUUUAUCUUCGUUUGACUUGGCGGCGCGGCCACUUCCAAGUUCACUUGACCUCGUGUUGACCAUUGCAGCCAAGCUGGCUGUGGAUCAGUGUCAUUGUAUUUUUUAUUUUUUUUAUAUAUAUAUAUAUAUAUAUAUAUAUAUAUAUAUAUAUAUACAGUUUAUACACUUAAAAACAAAUGGUUUCAUUUUGUGCAAUAAUGUUAAUUUUCUUUUUUUGAAACUAAGGUAAAUGGUUAUUUAAUUUGUGUGUGUGUAUAUGUAAAGGCAUUUUUAUACAGUUGUUUUAUUUUUGUAGAGUUUUAAAAAUUUUGUUUACAAAACCUUUCCCCAGGCAGCAUCUCUGGUAUGUGUGUGUGUGUGUGUGUGUUCCUCCGUUGUUGUUGUUUCGGUGUGUGUGUGUGGGAGUGUGUGCGCCAGUCUGUUAUCAGGUUGAGAUGGACCCCAGUUGAAAAGCAGCCGCCCCCCCUCCCCUCUCCUUCUCUUCCAAUGUUCCCUCUUUACUUGUGGUGGUCUGUUUGAGAAAGAGAACCAGGACCAGAAAGGGGUACGGGGUUCUUGUCUUGAGAUUCCUUCCAUUUUUCUUCAUCUGUCCCGUGAUAAUGGGCGAGGUUAGCAUGAAAUUCCUCCUGGAAGUUUUAGCCCUCAGUCCAGUUAGUCUUAAGACGUCAUGGAGGGAAGUGGAGGAAUGGAAGUUGCACCCUGGGACAUCCUGAGAAACAGGAUGUAAUUCUGCUCGGACCUAGAAGAGGUAGCUCCCGAGCAGAUUGAGUUUUAGCAGUGCCACCUCGAGAUUGCGUGUCGUGUGUAGGUCUCUGUAUGUGUGUGUCCCUGCUACGGGACGGUACUGUUGCCAUAUUGUGUCGGUCUGGGGAAGGCUGGUAGUGGCCUGCUCGUUUUCUCUCCACUGGAGGAGAUUUU